UUAUGCGACAGAGAGAAGGAAUUCGGGACUCACGCUUAAUUGUGUAGUGUUGAGGAAAGUGUCCUCUGUACAUCUUCAGAGGUAUCUUCUGUCUGUCCGUCCGUCCGUCUCCUUUUCCUCACUGUUGGGCCCGGACAACGCAGAUAGAAACUAGGAGGCUAAGUUAAAUCUCAGGUUUACGGACUGAUGAAGGGAAGUAAUGGUAUGCCACUUGCUUUGUACUUACGAUGGAUGUUGCUGGGACUACAAAAGGCAGGCAUAAUGAUCAAGAGAGGGGAGCACUUCCAUGGGCUAAAAGAUGAAAGCCAAAGGAAUCUAGACAAAAGCUGUUUAUAUAUUAACAUCAAAAAUGAAUCCAAAUACUCCUUUCAGUGGACAUCCAUCAGGAGUGUUUCAAGCAUCAUCUGGUGUGUCAACUGGAAUGUUUUCAAGUCAGCCACCAUUCCAGUUUAAUCAGCUCUCUCUCUUUGGAUUGAACAGUGGAGGAGUAAAGAAUCCAGGAUUUACUCACUUGUCUGACUUUACUAUUACUUCAGGACUGCAUAAUUCUUCAGGUCAAGGCUUGGGAUUUGGGCAACUUCCAGGGUUUACACAGUCGUAUUCUCUUGGACAAACAACAACAUUUGUGACUUCUGCACCAAUGACUGCUUCUGUUCCCAGCAAAUCUGGGUUUAGUUUCAGACCACCUGCAAAUCUUGGCAAUUCUCAGAGUACUUCUGCUUUUGGAACUGUGCUUGGAGAAACUUCAAGUGAUAGUUUUGUGAGAUCAGAUUUUGGUUUCAAAAGUCCUGAAAAUGCAGUGUUCAAACCUAUCUUUGGGACUAAUUCAGAACAAGAGAAAAUACCAACUUCGGCUGUUUCUUCUUUUUCUUUUCCAGGCGGUGCAGGAAAAUUAACCCCUUUUGUCAUUUCUCAAGAAAGCAGCAGUUCAGGUAAUACUGGUUUCAAUUUUUCCAAACCAGUCAGUAGUAGCAGUACUUCAGCAGUUUCUUUCAGUACUUCUUUACCGAGUAAGACUCUAGCAGAUGAUAAAAAAAGACCUAUGGCUCUCUUUACAAGUCCUGGUAGUUUUUCUUCUUUUUCAAACUCACCUUUGCCUUUGAGAGAUACUUUCCAAAUUAACAAAACUAACAAGAUGGAACAUGAAGAUUUGUUAAUCCCAAGUGAGCCACUUCCCACUCUUGGAAAAGGAAUGAAAAGGAAAGAAGAACAAGAGUAUUCCCCAAGGCAUCAUGAUUAUGACACUGAUGAACUAGAACCUCCAUCAAGGAAUGAUCAUGCUUCUAAUAAGCGUCCUGUUAGACUGAAUCGUCCGCCUACACAAGGUCUAUUUGGUAGAGUAUUACAAGAUGUUCUGAAAAGCAACAAAAAGGAAUCUAAAAUUGAGCGUGUUCCCAUUGAAUCUGGAGAAACAGUAGCAACGAAUGUGGCAGCGGGAAGUCAGUCUGGUUUUAUAAUGGCUAAGCCAAUGUCAACACUAAGAAAAGAAGAAAAGGGAAAAUUGAAACAUGAUUCUGCUGCCUCAAACCCUUUGCGUCGAAAUCGGAGCACUGGGAGCAUAGAAAGCCUCAGAUGCUCACCAAGUGAACUGACAGCCAUCCAGUGUAAAAAUAUUCCUGAUCAUCUAAAUGACAGAAAUGUUCUUCACAAACAUUUUGAGAAGUUUAUUAAAAUCCAACAAAUCCGUACCAACCGUAACAAAAAGCUUGCCAUUGUACGCUGUUUUGAUCAUGCAUCUGCUGUUUUGGCUAGAAAAAAAGUAAAAGACUUACACAAAGAUAUAGUGACAAAUUGGCAUAAAAAGAAACCAAGUCCUAAUAAGAAAGACUAUUCACCUAAGGAAGAGAAGCUAGAUGAAAGUGAUGGGAGGCAAAGCAAUGAACAACUGAGUCAUCAGCCUUCUCUAUUUUCUAAAUCCUUAAUCCGUCCCACUGGAAGUGGAAAUCUGUCAAACAAGAGUUCUCCAGCUAAGAAAUCUGGCCUUAAAAAGUCUUUGCAAUUUGAGCCAUAUGCCUUUGAUUGUGGAUCUGAAGGUCAGGGCUCAGAGAAUGCAGAAGUGUCAGCCUCUUCGUUCAACAAUCUUAUAGGAAUGGUGGUAGAAACCUCUGAGGAUAAGUACCGCCUUUUAGACCAGAGAGAUAAAAUGAUGCGUCAAGCUCGAGUAAAACAAAUGCAUCUUGGCAAAGCUAAAACCUUUGUUGGCACAUGUCCAGAUAUGUGCCCAGAAAAAGAGCGUUACAUGAGAGAAACAAGGAACCAACUUAGUUCUUUUGAAGUGAUACCAGGAACUGACAAGGUUGACCAUGCAGCAGCAAUAAAAGAAUAUAGUAGGUCUUCUGCAGAUCAGGAAGAACCUUUACCACAUGAACUGAGGCCUUCGGAAGUAUUAAGCAUGACCAUGGACUAUUUAAUAUCUCAUAUCAUGGACAAAGGAGAAGGGAACUACAGGGAGUGGUAUGAUUUUGUCUGGAACAGAACUCGAGGGAUAAGAAAGGAUAUAACUCAACAACAUCUCUGUUCUCCUCUGACUGUUUCCUUGAUUGAAAAAUGUGCCCGUUUUCAUAUUCACUGCUCCCAUCAUUUGUGUGAAGAACCCAUGUCAUCAUUUGAUGCAAAGAUUAACAACGAAAACAUGACUAAAUGUCUCCAGAGCCUGAAGGAGAUGUAUCAGGACCUUGCAAAUAAGGGUAUUUACUGCAAGGGUGAAGCAGAAUUUAGGGGAUACAAUGUCCUCCUGAACCUCAACAAGGGGGAUAUUCUCAGAGAAGUGCAACAAUUUCGUCCAUCUGUCCGAAACUCCCCUGAAGUUAGAUUUGCAGUUCAAGCUUUUGCUGCAUUAAACAGCAAUAAUUUUGUUAAAUUUUUCAAACUUGUUCAAACAGCAUCUUAUCUGAAUGCAUGCUUACUUCAUUGCUAUUUCAAUCAGAUUCGUAAAGAUGCUCUAAAGUGUCUCAAUUUUGCUUAUACUGUGAACUAUCAGAGAUCCACUAUCUUUCCACUGGAGAAUAUAGUUCGCAUGUUGCUGUUUAGAAACCUUGAAGAAGCAACUGAUUUUAUAAGUUAUUAUGGCUUGGUGGUGUCUGAUGGUUCUGUGGAGUUGAAUCGGUCUGCCUUUUUGGAACCAGAAAGCUUGCCCAAGCCAAAGAAAUCACUGUUUGUUGGGCAGAAGCUCAUUCUGCCUGUUGGAGAAAUUGUCAAUGGGGGGCCUCUACAGCACAUGACUCCUCAUGUACCUUUGUGCAGUUUUAAUCCUCAGAACAAAUACACGGGAGAGAAUUCAGUAGUGGAUUCAGCCAGCAAUCUUCAGAAAGUCAGUGUUGAUAUAAUAGAACCAAGAAUCGGAGAGGAAAAUGUAAAAAUAGAAGCACUUCAAUCUCAAUCUUCAUUUGUACUUCCACCAUUCCCCUCUGCACUGGUGUCUUCCUCUGCAGAGUCUAUCUUUCAGCCCAUUUCACAACCGUUGUCUCCCACACCAAAGCAUCAGCCUGAAUAUAGUGAUAUGGACAUUUUAGAGGUAGCUAAAGGCCUUAUGUAUGAGGUACUAGAAGAAGAAUGCAAAGAAAUCAGCAGUGUAGGAGCCAACUAUGUACAAACAGCAAUAUGGGUCUCUGAUGCUACUAUAAAUGAACUAAUUACAGAAGUGAUGUCUGGAAUUUUGAGGCAAAUUGCAUCUGUUGUAAUAAAUGAAGAAAGGGAAAGAUUUGAAGAAGAAAAGCGUCAGGCCGAAAAAGAGAAGCAAAAAAGGGAAAAAGAAGAGAGGACACAAAUGUUAAGCAAGUCGCUGGGCGCAGAGCUGAUGGCAGAAGUAAUAAAGCAAGAAAUACAAGAAAUUUCAGUUAAGGAGCUAAAAUGUGCUGUGGAGAUAGAUCAAAAGGCACGCAUUGUCCGAUGUUCACAGGAAAUCUGUGCUGAAAUGAUGGAUGCAUUUUUGGAGGAUGAAAUUUUCCAAAAUGCUAAAGAGACCCUGCAAGAACUUCAGUGCUUCUGCAAAUACUUACAAAGAUGGAAGGAAGCUGUUUUUGCCCGAAAGAAAUUGAAACGACAGAUGAGAGCAUUCCCAGCAGCACCCUGUUAUGUAGAUCCAAAAGAUAAAUUGAAAGCCCUUUCACCCUCUGCAGAGUGCCCAAUUGCCAGGGAGCAUCUAAUUAAAAGAAUUGUGAACUUGGGACAUGCCGGGAAUCUUGGUACCGCCUGCCUGCAGUUUCAAUGGAUACGGAACAAGACCAUCCACCAAAUGAAAGUACAGCAUUUUUAUCAACAAUUAUUACAAGAUGCAGCAUGGAGCCCUUUAGAUCUACCAUCAUUAAUUGCUGAAAACAUUCCUAUGCAACAAGAAAAGAUCUUUUGGAAAGCGCUGCUGGUGUUGCCAAGUUAUGAUGAUUAUCCUGCAGAAGAUCCCAGCAGAAUUCUAAAGGAAUGGUUGAAAGCUAAAUUUCAAAUCAACAGAAAUGAAAAGGAAUCUGCACCUCAGGCAAACAGCAGAAUUCAGACACUUGCACUGCAUACAUCUCUCCAGGCACGAGAAGAUCAAGAAACUUGUCUUAGUGUGUGCAUAAAGGUGGCUUGUGGAACACUUGGCACUUCUGAACUUGAAGACCCAGAAACUGGGAAAGAAUUACUUGGAACUAGUGGGCUUAUCCUUCUUCUAUCUCCUCAAGUAAGAAGUGAUGAUCCUGCAGAGGAAGAUGUAUAUUGGCUUUCAGCCUUACUUCAGCUGAAACGGUUCCUUCAAGUAAUACCUUUCCAACCAAAACUACCUCUUGUGGUUCUUGUCCCUAGUCUUGGAAAUGAGAGUGUGAAAAAGGAAGUAGAGGAAGGUUUGAUGCUGCCUGAUUUGAUUUCAGCUAAACUUAUAUCAAACUACAGUGUUGUUGAAAUCCCAGAUACUGUCAAUGAUUUGCAGGGUUCCAUCAAGCUCUCUGAGGCAGUACAGUGGCUGGUCUCUCAGUGUCCACAAUCUAUCAAACUUUGCUGCCAAACCAUCAUGCAAUACCUUGAAGAUGGCCUUCAAUAUAAUUUCACCCAGGCUUUCUACCAAGAUAAGUGGGAGAGACAUAAGGCUGGGUUACCCUCUCAAGACCCUAGCAUCAUAAUAGAGCUAUACAACAGUAUGAUACAGUUCCUGGCUGAAGUUGCCUCUUCGGAAGAUCUCAGGGAUUUGUCCUGGCCUGUAACUGAAUUUGCAGAGGCUGGAGGCAACAGGUGGCUUCCCCACCUCCAGUGGAACAAACCCAGCCAUCUUGCAUGGCUAAAGAAGGCUCUGCUGUCCUUUCAGAUUCCUCAAAUGGAUCUUCCUCCUUUCGGUGCUCCCUGGCUUCCUGUUUGUGCCAUGAUUUUCCAGUAUGUGUCCCAAACGGCUAGCUCUCUUCAGACCCAGGAAAUACUCCAAUCUCAGGUAGAAAAUGUGUUGAGCAAUACUUACUUGAAGUGGAAGGACCAGAAACAUGCCAACACAGAAAAAGAUGGCCCUUCUGUUUGGGAAAUUCCUUGGGAUCAUAUCUUGGCACUGUGCAUUAACCAUAAAUUGAGAGACUGGAACCCUCCUCACCUUUCAAUAGCACCAGAAGCAGUUAGUAAAGAUGGACAGAUACAUGUAUAUUUUUUAAAGGAACAAUUGCAAAAAUUCAUUUGUCCUUUCUCAUGGGAGGAAGCCAGAUUAAAAACUCAGAAGGAGAUCCAACAAAAUCAAGAAAGGUCUAAAUUAAAGACUAUGGCAAAAUUGUAUUCUCCUUUAUUAUCUCCAACGGAACAUUGUGUCAGUCAAGAAAUUAAAAACAACAAGGAGCUCAAUAUUUCUGGUAGAGGUCUCACACUGGCAGUUUCAGAAGCAGAUCUUCUGCCAGAGUGCCUGUCUGUUAAGCUACAGUUGGAGAAAGCAGAGAGCAAGAGAUUUGAUGAACAACUGCAGCGGUUGUUAGUUAAAGAUUCUGAGACACUCCAGGACACCUUGUCUUUGCCUCUUUAUCUUCCUGAAUCUUUAGUAUCUAUGCCUCAGAUUAUUCAACCAUUCGUCAGAAUUCCAAAAUCAAGAAGUCCAGAGGUUGGGACAGAAAGGAGAGACAGAGAUACCUCUUUAUUCAGCAGACUGGCAUCCCUGAAAGAACUGAUUAAAGUUAAUAAAGAAGAAGAAAUAGCUUGUGAAUUCCACAUGUCUGCAUUGCUAGACAUGGUAGAUGCUUAAUAAGCAUUUUCUUAAACUGUAGAACAAGAGAACUGAUGAUGUAUGACAUCAGACCUGAAUAACAAGACUUUGCUUUGUCUGAUAAUUUUUGGAUGGAUAAUAUUUCCUUGAUGAAGUUGAAUGCAUCUUUUGGUCUUGCUCUUUGAUUCGUUUAGUUUGCUAUUCCUGGGGAUGUUCCAUUAAUCUUAAUAGGAUUUAUUCCCAUGAAAGCCAGUUCAGUUACUUUUUUAAAUUGAAUUGUGCACCUCUUUUUCUGCUUUACAACACAGAAUGAAGUUCUUAUUUGUAGUCUACAUUAUAAAUCAUAUUUUCAGGUUCUGGAUUUUAUCUGGAACUCUGCUGUGAAAAGUGGGGCAAUUUUAUGCAUGAUACAUUUUAUGGGAAUUUUAUUUUAUAGAACUUAUAUUAUAAACAAUUUCUAAUGGUUGCUUUUUACAUAGCCAUAGUGUCUAUGUAAGAAUUUACUGUAUCCCGUAAAUUGUAUGUUGCUACCUUAUGGACAUGUAAUGUGUGCUAUGUAGGCAAAGGCUUGAAUUCUAAGAAAAACUAAUAUAAAGAAGUUCAUGGACAGAG